AUGAGCGACUCCUUAAUGGACGACUCCGUCUUUGACGACGGCGCAAGCUCAGAUUUCGCCCCGCCUGCAAAGCCGGCCAAGGCUGCAAAGGUGGCAAAGGCCAAACCUGCUGCUGCACCAAAGAAGGCAGCGGGUCCUGCGAAACCUCGCGGACGACCUCCAGGCGCAACCGCAAAGCCCAAGGCGAAAGCGGUGCCCAAGAAGAAGCGCCCAGAUUCCGAUGACGAGAAUUCCGACAUCGACAUGGCCGAUGCACCGCGAGACGAUGAAGACGAUUCGCUCCUUGCCGAUACUCCCCCAAAGCAGAAGAAGGCUCCUGCACCCAAGAAGAGCAGUGGCAAGCCGCUCGCGGACAUUGCAAACGAGAGUUUUGGGAUGGAUGGUGCAGAGGACGUGCCAAUCUCCAAACCGAAAAAGGGAGGGGCCAGCGACAAAUACCAGAUGUUGACCCAUUUGGAGCACAUCAUGAAGCGCCCAGAUACAUAUAUCGGCUCUGUCGAGCGACAAACCGACAAGAUGUGGGUCUACAACUCCUCGACCGAGUCUAUGGAGUUCCGCGAUGUUACCUAUGUACCCGGUCUGUACAAGAUCUUUGACGAGAUUCUUGUGAAUGCGGCAGACAACAAGCAAAACGAUAAGAACAUGAGCGAGAUCCGAGUCACGCUCGACCGGGAGACGGGCGAAAUCUCGAUCAAAAACGACGGCAAGGGUAUUCCCAUUGAGAUACACAAGGAACACGGUAUCUAUGUCCCAGAAAUGAUCUUUGGUCACUUGCUCACUUCGUCCAACUACGACGACAACCAGCAAAAGGUCACUGGUGGUCGGAACGGUUACGGUGCAAAGCUCUGCAACGUCUUUAGUACCGAAUUCACAGUCGAGACGGUCGACUCGAAGCAAAAGAAAAAGUACAAGCAGACUUGGACGGAUAAUAUGAGCAAGAUGGGCAAGGCCAAGAUUGUCGACUUCAAGUCGAGCGACGACUACACCAAGGUGAGCUGGAAGGCGGAUUACGACAGGUUCGGUAUGACUGGCAUCGACGACGACUUCGAGGCCAUGGUCAAGCGCAGGACGUACGACAUUGCUGGAACGUUGCGCGGCGUCAAAGUCUACCUCAAUGGCGACCGAGUCAAGGUCACGAGCUUUGCAAAAUACAUGGAGAUGUACACGAAAUCCAUUGCCCGCGAGCAGGGCAGGAGCGAAGAUGACAAGGAAGCCAACGUCAUCAUCACCGACAAGCACGACCGCUGGGACAUUGGUUUUGCCGUAUCUGACGGUGCCUUCAACCAGGUCUCAUUUGUCAACUCGAUCGCGACGACUUCUGGAGGUACUCACGUCAAUUACAUAGCAGAGCAGAUUGUCGACAGGCUCUUGGCGAUCGUCAAUAAGAAGAACAAGGCUGCCGUGAAGCUUAAGCCAGCGCAGAUUAAGAACCACAUCUUCUUGUUCGUCAACUGCUCGAUUGUGAAUCCGGCCUUUACCUCGCAGACCAAGGAACAAUUGACGACAAAGUCGAGUCAAUUUGGCAGUAAGCCUGUACUGAGUGACAAGUUCUUGAAGGCGAUUGAGAAGACAGACGUCAUCCAGAAUAUUAUGCACUUUGCCCAGCAAAAAGCCGACCAGAUGAUGAAAAAGACGGACGGCAACAAGCGCAAUCGAAUCAGCAAUGCGAAGCUUACGGAUGCCAACAAGGCCGGGACCAAGGACGGUCACCUGUGCACGCUUAUUCUUACCGAGGGUGAGUCGGCCAGUGUGCUUGCCUUGGCGGGACGAGCUGUUGUGAAUCAGGAUCUGUUUGGUGUCUUUCCGUUGCGUGGUAAGCUGCUCAAUGUCCGAGACGCCACCGUCGACCAGAUCAUGAAGAAUGCGGAGAUUCAGAAUAUCAAAAAGUUCAUGGGCCUUCAACACAAGAAGGAGUACACGGUAUCCGACAUGAAGAGCCUGCGAUACGGUCAUCUCAUGAUCAUGACGGAUCAGGAUCACGACGGUAGCCACAUCAAAGGCUUGCUCAUCAACUUCCUCCAGUGCCAAUUCCCCAGCUUGCUCAAGAUCCCCGGCUUUCUUCUUGAAUUUAUCACGCCCAUUGUCAAGGUCUGGAAGGGCGAUCCAAAGAACCCCCGCAGCCUGAAGAGCUUCUUCUCCAUGCCCGAGUAUGAGGAGUGGAAAGAGCAGCACAAGCAUGAGAAGGGCUGGGAGCACAAGUACUUCAAGGGAUUGGGAACCAGUGACAUUCCCGAUGCCCAGAUUUACUUCAAGGACCUCGACACCCACAUGAAGAGCUUCCAAGUCAUGCGUGAGGAAGAGGAGAAGCUCAUCGAGCUGGCCUUCUCCAAGAAGAAGGCUGAUGCACGAAAGGAGUGGCUGCGCGACUUUGUUCCCGGCCAGCAUCUGGAUCUUACCACACAAGAGAUUUCUUAUGACGACUUCGUCAACAAGGAGCUCAUUCUCUUCUCCAUGGCCGACAAUUUGCGUUCCAUUCCAUCUGUCAUCGACGGUCUCAAACCCGGUCAGCGAAAGGUCAUGUAUACCUGUUUCAGACGCAACAUCAAAAAGGAUGUCAAGGUCAUCGAUCUCGCAGGUUCCGUCUCUGGUACCACGGAUUACGCACACGGUGAGUCAUCGAUGCAAGGUACGAUUGUCGGGCUCGCUCAGAAUUUUGUCGGCACCAAUAACAUCAAUUACCUGGAACCGAGUGGUAACUUUGGUUCGCGACUCAAGGGUGGUGCCGAUGCUGCGAGCGCCAGGUACAUUUACACACGUCUGUCGCCUUUUGCUCGACGUAUCUUCCAUGCCCACGACGAUGCCCUGCUGAAGUAUGGCGAGUCAGAUGGCAAACCGAUUGAGCCUGAGAUGUACAUUCCCGUGCUCCCGACAAUCCUCAUCAACGGUUCUAGUGGUAUCGGCACGGGGUGGAGUUCUGAGAUUCCCAACUUCAACCCCAUGGAGAUUAUCGACAAUAUUAGGAUUCGCAUGAAGGAAGGCGCUACCAAGGAGGACAUGCGGCCAAUGGUUCCAUGGUACAAGGGCUUCACCGGCAGGACCGAGGAACUUGGCGAAAAUCGUUAUCAGUUCACGGGCACCAUCCGCCAGACCGGGGACAACGAGGUUGAGGUCACGGAGCUUCCCGUUCGAUACUGGACUCAGGACUUCAAGGAGAAGCUUGAAGAGAUCAUCAAGGCCGAUAAGACACCAUCCUUCAUCAAGGACUACAUCGACUACAAUACUCCCGAUCGUGUGCACUUCAUCAUCAAGAUGGAGGACAAGUACAUGGCCGCAGCUCUUGCCAAGGGACUAGAAGAAAUGUUUAAGCUCUUCAAGCCGCAGUCGACGACCAACCUCGUUGCCUUCGAUGCCCAUGGCCGCAUCCACAAGUACGCAACAGUCCUGGAUAUCAUCGAAGAGUUCUACCAUGUUCGUCUGCGAUACUACGAGAAGCGAAAGCAGCACCAGCUCGAGGUCAUGCACAAGGAGCUGAGUAAGAUGACCAACCAGGCCAAGUUUAUUCAGAUGAUCAUCGAUGGCAAGCUGGUUGUGUCGAAGAAGAAGAAGCUUGCACUGGUGCAGGAGCUGAAGAAGCUUGGCUUCACACCCAUCCCAAAGGUUGAUGAUGCUAAGAAGGCUGGUGAGAUUGACGAUGUUCAAGAGGAUGAGGAAGAUACCGAUGAGACCGAGGCCGGCGCGUCGGCCAGCGAUUAUGACUACCUCUUGGGUAUGGCCAUCUGGUCCUUGACCCAGGAGCGAGUCGAGAAGUUGCUAAAGCAGAUUGGCGAGAAAGAGGAGGAGAUCGACACCCUCAUCAAGCUCUCUCCCAAGGACAUCUGGAAUGUUGACCUUGAUGCGUUUGUCGAAGAGUGGAACACGCAGCUCGAGCAAGAGAACAAACGUAAGAAGAAGGUCGCCAGCAUCACUCGUCGCGCAUCUCAGAAGCUUGGUCUUGCCAAGGGCAAGGGCAAGAAGAAGAGAAGGAUGGAUGGCAGUGACUCGGACGAUUCCGAUGACGACUUUGGCCCUGUCAAGAAAAAGGCAAAGCCGAAGAAGGAGGGUCUACUGAGCUAUUUGCAACAAAGUACCCGGCCGGUAGCCAAGAAGCCCUCAGCACUAGAUGCUUUGAAAGCAAGUAGUGCGCUUGGAGGACCACAGAAACAGGGCACGUUGUUAUCACAUCUUGCUAAGAAGGAGGCUACGCCACAGACGGAUGGAGCGUCGGAUGAUAGACCUGGUACAUCCGACUCUGCUACUGCUCCCAAGCGAGGCCGACCGACAGCAGCUAAACCUGCAAAGAAGCCGUUGAAGGUCAUCGAGUCCGACGAUGAUGACGACGAUACAGACGUCUUCGCUGCCGUCGCCAAGGAGGCUACUACUAAACCACGGACAAUCACAAACUCACGCACCGCUCGUCCCGCAGCCAAGGCCGUUUCCAAAUACAACGCCGGCGACGACAGCGAUUCCGACGAGGACGAUAUGUUGGGAGACGUCAGUCUGAUGGUCAAGGGCAUCGGCGGCAGCAGCAACGGUGCCCCAAUGUUCAAGACUUCCAACGCCACCCUUCCCGUCAACGGCACCGCUCAGGCUUCCAAGGCUAAGAAGGCUUCUCCCGCCGACCUCAGCGACGACGACACUACCAACUAUGAAGGCCUGGCUCAAUCAUCGCCCCAACGCCCACCUCCCCGCAACAUCAACGACACCAUCAACUCGGACGACAGCGAUGACUUCUCCGUCGCGCCCAAGAAAACCCUCGCAAGCAAACCCGCCCCCAAACUCAAGGCUCCCGUCUCCAAAGCCGCGCCCAAGACUAAACCUGCACCCACCGUCGCCCCCGUCAAGAAGCCCUCCGUCCUCAGCCCCGCCGCCAAAGCGUACGCGAGAAAAAUCCUGGAAAACGGAAGAGCACCUCCAGCUAAGCCCGCUGCACCCAAGCCCAAGGCCAAGAAACCUGUGCCCGUGGACUCGGACGAUGACAUGGAGGACGCGGAUGCUAUUGCUGAUAGUAUCCUCUCUGAUGACGAUCAAGAGCCUACGCCCAAGGCUCGUGCCCCGGCUGUGAGACCGGGACGGAGGGCUGCGGCUGCGAAGCCGGCACGGUAUGUGGUUAGUGAUGAUGAGGAGGAGGAUGGGGAUGAGGCGAGUGAGGCGAGUUUUGGGGAUAGUGAGUAG